AAUCCCUGGACCCUCUCACAAUUCGCAUUCGCACUCGUCCUCGUCCUCCAUCCUCGUCCUUGUCGUCGUCGCCUUCUACUACCAUCCGACACCACCUCACCACUCUCGUUACUGCUACCUAGACUUGGACUAUACAAUCCGACCGACGCCUACUUUAUAUCUUUUUAAUCCCGUGGUCGAGUCCUCCCUCAUUGUCACAAACCCUGCAUCUGUUUCAAGGCCCAAUUGUGGCGAGGCAAACUCCAAAGUCGGCUGUGCUCCACUGCUGCGCCAAUCACCCUCUCCCACCCCAAGAGUCGACCAACUUCUACCUCGACGACGACGGAGGACGACUCUUCGUCUUGUUACUCGUCUCUCGAUCGCUUUCGCAGGACAUACACCCCUUCAUACUUCAGCGAGCCUUCAAUCGUAAGCCGAGGAGCGUCGGGUAGUCAUGGCGGACGACAACCGACCGCGCAUUCUGGAUGACGAGUUCGACUUCAGUGCCGCCGACCUGACCAAACAAUUCGAGCAAUUACUACGAACAAGAAGAUUGAAUGAACUCGAAGAACAAGCACGAACACCUCGAUCUGCAUCGCCUUCACUGGGCCAUCGAACGUCACAACAACCCUUGAACACAUCGCAAAUUCCACAGUCUCCAAACUCGAUCCAGUCUUCGAGAUCGCAGCAACAACAACAUCCUCCCACAUACACCUCUUUUCGCAGCCAUCCUAUAGUUCCAUGCCCUCCUCAAGAUGCCGCCUCUCUCAAGUUCCGAAAUCUCUUAAUCACCUUGUCUAUGACUCCGACCAAAUACGAGAAUCCGGGUCUUCUCGACGAUGCUUUGACUCACGUGCCCAUCGACAGAAUCUACGCCGAAGCCGAAGAGGAACACAACAUCAUGAGAGUCAUGGCAGAAUCCAAGAAUGAUGGUAGUAAGCCAGAAUGGGGAUACCAAGACUGUGUCAUCAAAUCACUGCUGAGGUGGUUCAAGAGAUCCUUCUUCACCUGGGUCAACAACCCUCCUUGCUCCAGAUGUCAUGGGGCGAGCCUUGCCCAAGGACAAACGCCGCCCACACCAGACGAGGUCGCUCGGGGAGCCACCAGGGUCGAGCUAUACCAAUGUACAAACCAGGGCUGUAUGGCCUUUGAAAGAUUUCCUCGAUAUACAGACGUGUGGACCUUGCUGGAGACCCGCAGAGGACGUGCUGGAGAGUUUGCCAACUGCUUCAGCAUGCUGUGUCGGGCCGCAGGUGCAAGAGUCAGGUGGGUCUGGAAUAGUGAAGACCACGUAUGGACCGAGGUAUACAGCGAACACCAACGACGAUGGGUUCAUGUAGACCCUUGCGAAGAGCUCUGGGACACCCCCAGAGUCUAUACCGAGGGCUGGAAUCGAAAGAUUGCCUACUGCAUCGCCUUCUCCAAGGACGGCGCAACUGAUGUCACUCGACGCUAUGUCCGCAACUCUCGAUAUAAUCUUCCUCGAACCCGGUGUACGGAAGAAGUUUUGCUGUGGAUCAUGCACGAGAUCCGCAAAAUCCGAAGAGACAGUCUGGACAAGUCCGUCCGCACGCAGUUGAUGCGAGAUGACGAAAGAGAAGAGCGGGAACUCAGAAGCUACGUCGCGAGCUCUCUAGCCAACGAUAUGAUACAUUCCAUUCCUGGAGCAGUCAACCAACAACGAAGCGACGAGGUCAAGACCCCCGCUGGCGCACCCCAGGAAGCUGCCGUCCAGUGGUCGAGUCAUUCACAAAUGGAUCACUCCGGUCAUCGUCGAUAAUCUCCUUGAAUCUACGCUGUACCUACGACAAUCUUUUUCACGUUUUGUACGAUCAUGUCGUGACGUUUCCUUGGACGAUACCAAUUUCACCUCUUGGCAACGACAUAUUUUCCUUGGAUCCAUUAACUCUCCUACUACUACUAUACAUGCAUAUAUAAGGCGCAUCAGCGUGGUGACUCGGCAUUUGUUUGUCCUUUUUAAAAAACCAAUCCCAGAAUCCCAAACCCACACCACCGCAUCAUCUCCUAUGUUGGGAAAGAACAGGGCCACGAUUUGCGUGUCGUCCCUUGGAGUUUCAUGUUGGGAAACUUUUGAUAAUCCGGCAGCCAACAGAAUGAGGCCUGUCACAAAGGUUGGCUUUCACACUUCUACCGGCGUCUUGGUAUAUGGCAUUUUGACGAAGUUGAUGUGUUUUAUUUGGGUGUUUUGUCAUGUCAAUUGACCAUCGGAGAGCACGGGCGUUUGAUUCCCCCUCUAUCUUCUCUAUCUUGGAUGAGUUAUAUAUAUUCUUGCUUAUUUGCAAAGGGAUGAGGAGGGGUUUGUGGAAAUGGCCAUGAAUGUGGAUUGUGUCAUAGAUCCAGAGAAAAGAGACCGGGAGUCACAAGUAUUGAGUAAACUACCUUAAAAUGCCUCCCACAAGUACAAUACGACUUGUGUGUGUUUCAGAAAUACUCCGUACGAAGGACUUCAUGAUCCAAUCUUG